GUCCAGCUAUGUCACUGAAAUGGCAACCGGGAUUAUAUCUGGGCGAAAUAUAGAAGGGACUGAUGAUGUAGAUGGGAUUUUAACCUCUAAUGGAAUCAUAAAUAGAGAUGAAACGGAUCUUGCUGCUUCGAGGGUCAAUCGCCGUAGCUAUGUUCAUCUGGAAUCGGAAAGAGUUCAUAUCAUUUGGGAUCUUUUCGCUGUAGCAUCCAUCUUAACAUUCAUUGCCGACAUAAUCUCCGAUCUGGUAGUUUCCGUACAUUAUUUCCUUGAUGGGAAAUAUCUUUGGUUUGCCUUAACUUUAGGAUUUGUAAUUUUAUCUUCUGUGGUAAUGCAAAUAUUUUCUGCCAAAUGGUUUCACGAAGAUGGCGAAUACCUGAAUUGGUGUACAUACUUGCUUCAUUUUUUUCAACUUGGUCCGAUUAUCAGGUAAAUUUAACAUUAUGAUUCCUGAAUAUUUUUUUCAUAAGUCGAGAGCAUCUCUUCCUGGGUAUACGGGUAGAUUGCAUCAUCAGUUUCUCAUAUUAUGUGCUGUUAGUAGACGUAAGUAAGUAAGUAAGACGAUCGUUGGAAUAUAAAGGCGUGGGCGGGAUUUUUUGACAAAGUCCAACACUACCGUCUCUUAAUACUGUUUUACAGGUAUACACUGGACUGUUUUUUUAUAAUUAUUUAAUGUAUUGCUUUUUCAUACCAGAGGUUAGGUCCCAUGUUGUCCAGGACCCCCUUUAAUUACUUAUAGAUGGGGAUUACUGACACUUGGCAUUCUGAGUUUGUUGGAAAACCGGACAUAAUAUUAGCUUUUGUCUACGUUCAUGGACUUAGCUUAUUUGAAUAUUGAAUCAGUUGAUUUAGUCGUGGACGUGAUUACAAUAAAUUGAACAUUUUGCCUCGUUUUGUCAAUGAGAAAGCCACACAAGAGCCAGAACAUCCGAUUUUGUCAUGAUUCAGACUUUAGAAGAAACAUGGUCUUUACAGUUCAGUCAUUUUGCCCAAGGUGGCUAUUUGAUUUAUUUUCCGAUUAAAAGGUUGAUUGAUUAGAUGUCUCAUAUUUCAUUGCUUCAUUUCAUUAUUUAGAUACUGGCGUGUCAUUAAAGCUGGAUGGCGAACCCGUCAGCAAAACUCAGCUGAUACAGUCAAUGUCUAUAAAGUUUACCUGGCAGAAUGGAGAGACAUUAGCAUGUUACGACUGUUUGAGUGUUUUUUAGAAUCUGCACCACAGUUAGUUCUUCAACUUUUUAUCAUGGCUUAUAACAAGCGAUUUGAUGCUGAGAGUGACUGGUUGACAGUAAUUGCUGCUGGAAGCUCCUUGUUAUCUCUUGCUUGGGCAAUUGUGGGAUAUACUAAAGCUCUUAGAGACUUCUUAGGUCAAGGAGAAAGCCACUCAUGGGUUGGAGUUUUUCUUCAAAUUAUAUGGCGUAUGUGUAUGGUAGCAUCUAGAGUUGUAGCACUUGUGUUGUUUGCCUCAUACUAUACCAUUUGGCUGUUUGUGGUCGCAGCAGUUCACUGGCUUAUAAUGACAACUUGGCUUAUUUUCCAGAAAACGCGAUUUUGUGUUGAUGAUGAAGGUACACGCCAUCUAUGUCGAGAGUAUUUGUUUGAUGCUGUUAUUGGAUUUGUGUAUAUCUUUUGUUUUUUCAACAUCAGAGAGGGUAUGACUCGUAUUCGAGCAAUUCCUUACUAUGUCAUUAUGUUGGGAGAGAACACUGUUUUUGUAGUGAUGUGGUAUCCAUUUAGAACACUUUAUGGAGACAUUGAGAUUGCUGCACUUAGUAUUGUGUGGGGUGCAUUUGGAAUAGGACUCCUGUGUAUGGUUUCUUACUAUUCUUUUUACCAUCCAAGUCUUCCUAUGAAGGGCAUUUGUGUGAAGAAGACUGAACUGAAUUUGCAAGAGCAUCAACGCAUGACAGUUUGUUGGUGCUGCUUCUGUGAGAUCACAACCAGGCAAUCUGCUGUGGAAGAAAAUAAUGAUAAAUGCAGACUAACCAUUAAACAGAGAUCUUAUCACACUUCAAGAAGCACAACAGCUGCUCCUCCAUAUCGAAGCUUACCAGUUGAUGUAGAUAUUUUACCUCGUAUAUCAAGAGAAGUUCAUCCACCAAUUUAUCAAAAUCAUCAAGAACUAAGAAAUGGUGGGAUUACAGGAAUGCAGGGAAUGUAUGCAAAAUCCUCAUGGUUGUAA